AUGUCUUUCCGAGGCGAUGGCCAGCGCCGCUACGGCCAUGUGCCCCCAGUGCAAUAUCCUGUAGCCGACCAGGCCCAGGACCAGUCCUCCUACCCGGCGCGGCGACCUAGCUUCAACAACGGCGACGAUUCCUCCUUCUUCGACCAAGGUCAGGACCAAGCGACUCCCCAGGGCUACCCAGACGCGAGCGCUCCAUCCGUUAGAGGCCGAGAUGAGCUCUUCCUCACCAGCCCAACCGACCCCUCUGUGAACCGACCGAGCUAUGGCUCCGCCAACAGCGCCAUGUCAGGCUUCCAACACCAGUUCCAGGCGGCCGCACCGCCGACCCCCUCCCACUCGACCUACAACCCUCAACACUUUGCGCGAUCGCAAUCCACGUCGCUGCCUUAUCAUCCUCAGCCCCCUGUUCAGCGUUAUAGCUCGACCAGUGCCGGGUCCAAUACCGCUGCCUCGCCGACCAACUACACGCCAGCAGCGUACAACCCCGCGGCUUACGCCACUGCCACAAGCCCCCAGCGCGCACCCACCCAGCAUGGCUACAACAACAACAACUACAACCAAGGCUACACCUCCCCGACCAUUCCCCAGGCCCCGACCUACGGCAUGUCACCUGCCUCUACCUACAACCAGUCCUUCCCCCAGAGCGCUCAGGCGCCAGCUCGCCAUGAUCAACCGUUGCCAAGCCCUGGCUUCAGCUCGAAUGCGUCGACCACGUCACAAACGCCAUCCUAUGAUCCCUCCUACACCCAGUCAUACGGCAACAACUACGGUAACUAUGCGUCCAACGGAAACAACCCCGCGCCUGCUCCGUACCCGACCGGCACAUCACAAGCACCCUAUCCCCUCCAAUCUCACAUUCCUGUUGGCCCAGCCUACUCGGCCGAUCCGUCAUCAUUCUACACCCGGACAUCUAGAUCUAAUUCAUCAACGUCACCCCUCCACUCACCCCAAAUUCACUCUCCUGGCCUGCAGCGACACCCCACGCAUGCGCCCUUGCCAAGCAGACCCAUGGACUACGUUUCCGAAGAGGCCACUUGGGAGCCGGAUGAGAGGCGGCACGAGAACGAUCAAGCGCGCUACCAAGAAGAUAUCAUGCACGACAUCGAGGCAGAGCUGGGUAGUAUCAACCGCCAUAGACCUGCCCCGGUGAAUGGCGGUCAGUUCUCCGACGACGAGCUGCAACAAUUGCGACGCUACACCACAAGCUCGACAACGCUUAAUCCCACCGACUCGUCCAAUGUCAGUCGUUUUUCGUCAAACGCAUCCACAAACCCGAGGGAUAACGCCUCAUCUACGUUCGACUACGACGACGAUGACGACGACCCUGAAGGCACUGCCGGUGUAUUAGCCAUGCAGCAAGCGGAGAUGGACGACCGCAGAUUCAGCACCGCAGCAGGAGGGCCCGGUCCGUACCCGUACACCGAGCCAGUUCCUGUCAGUGCUGUCAGCACGAUGAACACCCUCCCACCACCUGCGGAAGAACAAAGCAGUGAUACCGACUAUGGUGGAAUGGACCUUGGCUUGUUCAGCGGUGGAUAUGCCGGUAAUCUUGCGUAUGGAAACAGCGUUGCUUCUCCGCCUGCAGACCAGGAUGAAAAUACCCAGAGGCCGCUGCCAGACCCGACGACCUAUCCUCAGCCCUCCUAUGAUGCCUACGAGGGCGCGCCGGCUUUCAAAGACGCUGUCGUGGAUUAUGGUGACACUGGCGGCUUGCAGCCGCCCACCGCUCACCGACUAAGCUUUGACGAAGGCGAUGAGCGUGUAUCCCUGCAUUCUAGACAGAGCACCAACGACUCGCCCAACAAAGAGGAAUAUCCUGACAUUUUCUAUCAUCCUGGUCUCACGAAUCGACCGCUGCCAGCUCUUCCUCCGGCCCCAAGUAGCGACAGCGGUUCUAUGCUCUCCCCCCAAGGAUCGGUCAGCCACCGACAUUCUCAUGGGCAUUCACUCAGCGUCGAUUCACGCCACAUGUACCCGCCAGAAGGGCCCGAGGCUUACUAUGGAGCUUCAGGCUCGGCAUCUCCCUAUCCGGAACGGUCCAUCUCCUUAUCGAGCCAUAGCAACACACCUCAGGUUCAUGCUCCCGCGCGCUCGCGCACUGAUGCGGCCGAGGAGCGGCGCAAGUUGUUCAAGCAGAUGACGCAGCAGCAGCAGCAGCAGUACUUGACGGCGAACCACGGCAAUCCCCAAGAGGGCUACGAGUCAGGGACGCCGUCAUCCAUGACAUUUGACAUGAUCACGCUGCCAAGUGGAAGGCGGAGAAAGUUCGUGCCCGGGAAGCUCACUGCUACAGAUUUCGGCAUAUGCACCGAGCCUUGGGCCCUCAGCGGCAUCGCUGCAUGGAUUCGCGAGAUGGCUGAUGGGGAGCCUGAUCUCAAGCAGAAAACGGUUGAAGAAGCCCUUGUCGCCCUGUUCACUGUCAAGGUGCCGACCAUUAACGUGGCCGACGCCGAGGUGCUGUCAACAACAGUCGUGGAGUUGCUGCUGGAGGCGCAAAUCCUGAUCCCGGAGGAAGAAUGGGUCAAAUUUGGGCCAGGUACCGUUUCUGGCGUGUUAUGGCAACUGACUGGGUCUGGCUGUUACGCCUCAAAGCUUCACGAGAACGAGGCGCCCGGUCGCUGUUACUCCUAUCACUGCAUGAGGACGCUGAAGAAGGCGAAUCUCGACGACCUCAUGCUGGAUGAGACGAAGGUUGAGGGGUGGGCCGAAUUCUUCAAGGUCACCAAAGAAAUGGUCGAGGGUAAGCCGAAGAAGGAGGUUGAGCGACAAAACGUACUGCACGAGAUUGUCACCAGCGAGGAAACCUACAUGAACCAACUAGAGGUCUUGCGGGUUCUCUACAGGGAUCAGAUCCAGCACGCGCCGAGCCCCAUCAUUGCGCCCAAUCGCGUCGAUAAGUUCGUCGCUGUGGUCUUUGGUAAGGUUGACGCUGUGCUCGACGCCAACAAGGAGAACCUGCUGGCGCAGCUCAAAUACCGGCAGCAAGAGCAGGGCCCUUGGAUCGUGGGGUUCAGCGACCUGUUCCGCGAGUGGAUCCGCAAAGCUCGCGACGUCUACAUCGACUACGCCUCUCAGUAUCCGCAUGCUUCAUACCUUGUGCGCAGGGAAAAGGAUCGCAACAUCAUCUUUGCCAAGUUUCUGGACGAAGUGCGCGGCCACAAGCGCUCAACCAGGCUAGACUGGACGCAUUUCCUCAAGACACCCAUCACGCGGUUGCAACGUUACACGUUCUUGCUACAAACCGUUGAAAAGAACAUGCUUGUCGACAGCGAGGAGAAGGCAAACCUAGCGAAAGCCAUUUCGGAAAUUCACAAUGUCACGCUCGAAUGUGACCAGAAGGUGGCAGAGAUGCAGAAGAAGGUUGAGAUGAUGGAGCUGAACGCAAUGCUGGUAUUGCGUCCCGGUUUCCAUUCCGUCUUGAACCUCGACCACCUCGGCCGUGAGCUCAUCUUGCAGGGCGAACUGACAAGAAUGGGACACAAGGGUGUGCGAUGGGUGGACACGCAUGCGCUCCUGUUCGACCACUACUUGAUUCUGGCCAAGCCGGUCAGUUCUCGUGACGGUAGAGGGGGUAAGAAGUUUGACGUGUCAAAGGAGCCCAUACCGAUGCCGCUGCUCUUCCUCGACAGCAUGAAUGAUGACCCGAUAUCGAAGCAAAAGGGUAUCGCACCUUUGGCACGAGGGACGGGCGGGUCGACCCCGGACAACCGGCUUGGUAAGAUCACGAGUAACGGCGGUGACCGCCCAACCCUGGAACACGCAGCCACAAGCUCGUCGAUUGGUUCUGUAAGCGUGAGCAGGUUAACACCCACCAUGUCGAACGACUCGAAAGACAAGAUCUUGUAUCCGUUCAAGAUCAAGCAUCUUGGUCACGAAACCUACACCCUCUUUGCCACGACGCCGGACAAGCGGGCGGACUGGGUGCAGAAGAUCAUUGAGGCCAAGACACGGCAUGCCAAGGCGCUGUUCUCGCAAAACGCGGAACCAUUCCGAUUACGAGUGCUGGCGGACAGCUCGUUCGCAUACGACUCAGUGUCGGCCAUUGGCAAGACUGCCGGCGUGCCGGUACGGGGUACGCCGUUGGAUCGGGCGAUUCGUGAGCUCGAGCAGGUAUAUGGGCCUGGUCGCGCGGCUCCGGUGUGCCGAGCGCAGGUCAACUGCGCCACCGGCUUCACAGCCUACGGUAAAUCAAUCAUUGCAAUCGGAACAGACUACGGCGUGUACAUAUCCGAUACGACGGAUCCCCGAGGCUGGACAAGGACUGUUCAGGUAAACCGGGUGACCCAGAUUACGGUGUUGGAGGAGUUCUCGGUCUGCCUGAUCAUCGCAGACCGGUCGCUCAUAUCGUACCCGCUGGAUGUUGUGGCACCCGUGUCAAACUUCCCAGCGCCUGUGCACGAUAACCCCCGGCGGGCGCCGCAGCGGCUGGGCAAGGACGUGGCAUUCUUCGCCAGCGCACGGAUGAAGGAGCGGAUGCUGGUGUUCUACAAGCGCAAGGAGGGUAUGCACAACACAUUCAAGGUGCUGGAACCUGUCUUUCACAAGUCAUCGGAAAAGAAGUCGCGGUUAUUCGGAGGCCGGCGACCGGGAGGCGGCGCGACGGAAGCGUUCCGCGACUAUGACGAGUUCUACCUACCGACGGAGUGCUACUCGCUCAACCUGUUCCAGUCGUAUAUUGCCAUCUCGACGGCUAAGGGUUUUGAGCUUCUCACGCUGGACAAGAAGCAGCCCAUGUCAAUCCCAGACCUCAGGGAGCCAGCAAUUGCCAACAUUGCGACGCGUAUUCGAGACCAGCGGCCACUGGGCAUGUUCCGCCUCAACGACCAGGAGUUUCUGCUCGCGUACGAAGAUUGCGCAGUGUACGUCGAUAAGCACGGCGACGUCAGCCGAACGCUCAUCAUGGAGUAUUCUGGAAAGCAGAAGAAGGCGCGCGGGGCAACCAUGUACGGGCAGUACCUGCUGCUGUUCAAUGAGGACUACGUCGAGGUGCGCAACGCGGAGAAUGGGCGUCUGCGGCAGAUCAUCGCGGGACGGGAUGUCAAGUGUCUCGACUACGGCGUACGCGGGCCAACCGGAGGCACAUCAGUAAGCUCGACUAGCUGGCUACCGGGUCAGAGCCAGGCGCCAGGGGGCCAACAGCAGCUCGGCGAAGAGAGCAAGUCGACGGUCAAGAUUUCGAUGAGCCACCCAGAGAUUGCGGGCACGCAGAUUGUGCUUGAGAUGCUGCUGAAUGACGGACACACGGAGAAGUAG